UCCCUCUCUCUCUCCCUGCCUCCGUCCUCUCUUUGGGUCAUCUUUCCCUUUGCACAAGAGAAGCAGCAGUCUGCAGCGACAGAGCGCACACAGCCUCUUCUCUCUGAUUAUCAAUCAGCUGGAAGAGGGAUACGUCCAGUUUAGUUUGCACCACUUUUGCACCGUUUCUCCAAACUCUCAAUGGGACCCGACGCCUGAAACCACCAGCCUGCUCCAUCUCUCUCACACCCCGGAGCCGCAGCCAUGGACUGCUGCGCAUUUGGAUGUUUAUGCAUCGCGUUGCUGUGGCUCAUGCAAUCAGGAGCGCUUGCGCAACACGCUCCAGAGUGUUACCCCGGAGGUCACCGGACUUUGCGUAACCCGUACCGCAGCGUGGACUUUGACUCCACAGAGAUCCAGAACACGGCCAUACAGGAUCUAAUCUGCGACCACUCGCUGCCGCCGGGCUGGUACCGGUUCAGGAUCAACAACAAGCCAGCAGAGAUGCCGACCGCCUGCGUUGAGAUGAACCGCUGUGGGACCCAGGCUCCGGUGUGGCUAUCUCUUAAGGACAGCUCCCUGCCGCGGCCCGGCGAGGUCCGCCAGCUCUCCGCCUGCGCCACCUGGCAGUUCUUCCAAGGCAGCACUAAGGACUGCUGCCUCUUCCGCAUCUCCAUCACGGUGCGCAACUGCGGCGAGUUCCUACUCUACCACCUGCAGCCAACGCAGGGGUGCAUGGGAUACUGCGCCAAAGUUACUCCAGAUGUGGGACCCAGACUCUGCCCAGCAGGUGAGGUAGAAGUCAACGGUCGAUGCAAAGCUGCCGUCCCGUCACUGUUGUCCCGGCCGCUGAUCACCCCGGAGCUCAUCGGCCACAGUGUCCACCUGAGGUGCUCCUUCGUUCCGCCGCCAUGGAACCAGCCACUGGGCUUCCAGGUGGUUUGGGCCAGACACAUCGGCCACAGCAUGAAGGCCGAGAUCAGGCAGGAAUCUACACUGAAGCCCUUCUCUGUGGUGGAGAUGGAUGGCGUUCAUUUCAGGCUCGGAGAAACGUUCUCCUGCAGUGUGUCGACUUUCAGAGCCAACUCCAGCCACAGCAGAUCUCCUCCCAAAGAAAGUGAGGGUUUCUAUGCCGGACUGAAGUUUUCUCCAGACUCACUCCACGUAGUGGAGAACGGUAAAGAGCAUGAGGUGAGCGUGCACAGCACGGUGCCUGUCCCCUGCUACGGCCCCGUUAACAGCCAACAGUGUGGACUCCAUCUGGCUCUCAGCGUCCACGACCCAGACCGUCUGGGACACGAGGCCCCAAACGUGGCGCUGUCCGCCUGCCAGGUGGAGCUCCAGCCUGACGCCUGCAGCGGAGGCAGCUGCGGCCAGGCGACCUUUCUUCUAACCGCCGUCACUGACUUCACACGAGAUGGAAACCGGCCGAGUCUGAUUGGUGUUUUGCCCGGACCCAGCGCACCACGACUCUGGAGAAGCUACGUCCCAACGUCUCUGAGAGUCACUGUCCAGGACGUUCCUACUUCCAUCUGCUACUCUCUGACUGACCCGCACGUCAUUACUCUGGAUGGCAGGCGAUAUGAAAACCACCAGACCGGCACCUUUGUUCUUUACCGGAGCAUUGUCAGGGAGUUCGAGGUCCACUCUCGCCAGUGGGACUGCGGCAGCCGACACUACACGGUCGCCUGCAACUGUGGCGUUGCGGUGCAAGAGGGGAACAACAUCGCUGUCUUCGACAUGUGCAAUGGGCGGCCGCAGGAAACCCGGCCACAGCUGACACUGAAGAACCUCGGGGACAAGGAGGGCAGUCGGGUCAGGGUGCUGGAGUCCCACCAGGGGAAGAAGGUCACCUUGAUCUUUCCCUCCGGGGCCUUUGUUAGGGCCGAUGUUGGCGAUUGGGGGAUGAGCCUGUCCGUCCGGGCGCCCAGCGGCGACUACGGCAACACGCGAGGCCUCUGCGGCACCUUCGACCACAACGGCAACAACGACUUCCACGGCUCCGACGGGGGCUCCUACGGUCCCGACGGCCUACAGCGCUUCAUAGAAUACUGGAGGAUAGCUCCUGGGGAGAGUUUAUUUGACAGGACCCCUCCUGGGACGACACAGGAGGUCCGGAGGCCUUUCUGCGCCUGCCAGAAAGGAUACAGCACUUCUCACCACGCCGGCCGAGUGAUGAGGAACUUGUACAAUCCUUCCGCUCACUCCGACUGCACAUCAUACGAUAACGUGGAUUACACAUCUGUGUUCCCCUCGCUGGACACAACGGUGGAAUAUAUCAAGAGUCCAGAGAGAGAGGAAAGCAUCCUGGAUACGUCUGCCUUCAACAGCCAUCCUCUGGAGCGGAGGCACCUUCGGUUUCACACCGAGAACUAUCGAAACAGUGACGGCGAUCCUGAACCAGACAGCGGGUUCCGGGAGGAGCUUCAGCUCUCCAGGCCGCAGAGACAGGCGUCGUUUGAUUUCCAGCCUGUCUUCGCCGCUCAGAGUCUCAGUGCGGCCGAUCUGGAGAACUUUGCCUACUUCUUCCCGGAGGACCACUGGGCAGAGGCCCGGCCGGCGGCGGGACCCCGCUGGCCCACACCCAGUGGCCUGACCUCGGCCAAAGCUCUGGAAGUGUGCCAGAUAGCCUUGGCCAACUCCACCGUCGGCGUGGUGUGCCGCGGGCUGCUGGGACGGCGCCUGGACGAGGCGGUGGACCUCUGCAUGCUGGACUUGCAGCUCAAAGACGACCUGGGCUGGGAGGAGGCACUGCUGCCGUACCUGGAGAACGAGUGCGAGAAGAGGCUGUUGGAGAACCGGACCCGGAGAGCCUCGGAGGUGGCUGGUCCGCCGGGAACGUCCAAGAAUGUGGUGACGGCGCUGCGCUGCCCCAACUUUUGCAACGGAAACGGAGAGUGUACGGAGUGGGGCUGCCAGUGCGAUCCCGGCCACAGCUUCUACGACUGUAGCCUGGCCAUCAGCCAGCCAGUAGAGGUAACAGAUCUGGAGAAUGGCGGACUGUGUGACAUCCGAGCCUUGAACUGUCGCAACGUUCGAGUCUUCGGCCUCGGCUUCAUUGACUCUCCCGACCUCGUCUGCCACGCCAGCAGACUAAAGUACAUGAACGGAGUUUGGGUUCCAGGGGAGAAACAGAGAACCAAAGCCACCUUCCUGAGCUCCAAGGCUUUAGACUGCGCCGUGCCGUCUCUUAGCAACACCGCCGUCAACACAGAAGACUUUAUGAUGGAUGACAAACCGUACGCACGCUGGGAGAUCAAGGUCACCAACGACGGCUCCCAGUACAGCCAGGCCAAGGUGCUGACCAUCUACGAUGGCGUGUGCCAAGUCUGCGAGGCAUCGCGCUCAGGACUCUGUAAGUUGAAGGAGAGGACGUGUAACAUCGAGGGGAUGUGUUUCGCAGACGGAGUCUCCAGCCCCAGCAGCCCCUGCCUCCUCUGUGACCCGGACACCUCCAAAUUCACCUGGUCUGUCAAUCAAGUCAACGAGCCGCCGGCGUUCCUCCGGCCCCAGAGCCGCCUGCGGACGUUCGCCGGGGAGAACUUUGUCUUCCAGUUGGCAGCAUCGGACCCUGAGGGCUCAGCGCUCCUCUUCCAGCUGGAGGAGGGGCCACAGGGGGCCGUCCUCUCCCCCGCGGGCCUCCUCAUCUGGAGGGUCCCAUCGCUCCCUGGGGACGGGGGGAGGCCCCAAUCCUUUCGCUUUACGCUGUCGGACGAGUGUAACGCCCAGAGCAGCUUCACCGUAGAGAUUGACGUGGUGCCAUGUGGCUGUCAGAACGGAGGUACAUGCGUGACGGACGUCAGUUUCCCGGCCGGCAGCGGGACGUACCUGUGUGUGUGUCCCGAGGGUACGCAGGGCGAUCUCUGCGGUGAGAAAGUGGACGGAUGUCUCUCAGCGCCGUGCACGGUUGGCAGAUGCAUCAACGCAGCCAGAGGCGGGUACCGCUGCCAGUGUCCCGCGGGGCUGAGAGGUGUAACAUGCCUGGAAGAUAUCAAUGAGUGUGAAAGGAAGCCAUGUUUCCCAGGAGUCCAGUGCUUCAACAGCUUUGGCUCCUAUGGCUGCGGCCCAUGCCCCAAAGGCAUGCUGGGAAAUGGGACAGUAUGUACAGCAGUCGCCAGGUCAGUCCCUGUCCCUCCCACAUCUGUUUCUCGUACGACGGUCUACAAGAUACCAGAUGUUCUACAGCAGCCACCCCUAGGAAAGACAGACACUUUCCGGAAGACCUCAAGUGGUAGCUCCCUGCAGACGAAGGCUGAGAAGACUAUUCCAAGGAUUGACCCGAACCGAUCACAAACUAAGACCACUACUUUGAGACGGAUUCCAGGAAUAAGUCUGAACCCGGCGCUCACUCAGGCAGAAACUAACAAGAGCAUCACAGCAGUUAUACCAAUCCUGUCCCAAACAAACACUAAUGCUUUGAGAAGAAGCCCAGGAAUUAAACUUCACCCAUCCACGUCUAACACGGACACUUUCAACAACGUCUCAGGAAUGACACCGGACCGAGUCAAGCCUGAUCAGCCCAAAAUCAGCAACACUAUUGCCAAGACAUCCACUGUAGCCCCAGCUUCAGGAUCUGGUCAGUCUCCGGUUGUGAAUGUGUCCGCUACGUGUGCUAGCAGGCCCUGCUUCCCCGGGGUUCAAUGCAUCAACCGCAGGCCGCCACAUGUGGGCUACGUCUGCGGCCGUUGCCCGCCCGGCCUUUACGGCAACGGACGGGUCUGCAUGAAGAACGCCAAGGCAGCAUCCAAUCACCUUCCUCAGCAGCAAACUGUUGGCAAGACCGGCCGCUCCCCGCAAGGAAGCAGCGGCAAAGUCUCACAGCUGCACCUGCCCAACCUGCCCACCAGGCACGGCAUCAAACACCUGUCCUGGUCCGUCACCAGAGCUAACCGAGAGAAUGCUCCACGCCAGGUUCCCACUUCGGGGAGGGGAGGCGGGACAGAGAGGAGAGAGGCGGUCACUGUUGCUUCAAGAGAUGUUCCCAGAACAUCAGUUGGCGCCCUCCACAGUGGCGACCUCAGAUCAGACACCAGGACGUACACCAGAUCUAGCACAACUAUCUCCGAGAAGGUUCUGGUGUCCAGUGUGACGGUCUCCAAGUCUGAAGCAGCAUCGACUGGUGCCACAUCUGCAAAGGUAACACCGCACGCUCCUCACCUAUCUACUCAGUCUGGUAAGGUAACGCGGUCCAAACAGCCAACCCAGCCCCAGCCGCAGCUCAAACAUCUGGCAUCCACCCAAACUAAACCCUGGACCCCUGCCAGACCUGCCUCCCCUCUGACAGCAGCCCUCACCGCUCUGUCGUACUCGCUGUCUGAGUCAGAGUUCUCUGCAGAUGGAGAUGAGGCGGAGCCUGGAUCUGAAGGCCCAGAGGUGCUGGCGUUCACAAUGCCGGGCAAGACGGUGUACAGCUCCCCACUACAAAGAGCCCCCUCCAUCCAGACAGGGGUUAGGAGUGGAGCGACGGCCGACAAACAUGUGAAGACCUGCGCCGACCGGCCAUGUUUCCCCGGCGUCCCGUGUGAACCAGCCUGGGAUGAGGGGUUCCGCUGUGGCAGGUGUCCCGUAGGAUACACCGGAGACGGACGAGCCUGUCGAGCUGUUUGCAGGCAUACGUGUGGUCGGAACAUGGAGUGCGCCGCGCCCAACACGUGCCGCUGCAGACCAGGCUACACUGGAGUCGAAUGCCAGACAGCAAUCUGUGAGCCGAAUUGUAUGAACGGAGGUGUUUGCGUUGCGCCCGCCGUGUGUCGCUGUCUCGGAGGGUUUCACGGAGAAACCUGUCAGGAAGCUCUGUGCAGGUUCCCAUGUGAAAACGGAGGCACCUGUGUGGGACUGCACACCUGUUCGUGUCCGUACGGGUUUGUUGGCCCUCGAUGUGAGACCAUGGUGUGCAGCCGCCACUGUCACAACGGAGGCCAGUGUGUCUCUCCAGACGAGUGCCAGUGUCCGACAGGCUGGACCGGGCCGUCCUGUGAGACUGCUCUCUGCUCGCCCGUGUGUCUCAACGGAGGUUGGUGUGUUCGGCCCAAUACUUGCGAGUGUCCUCACGGUUUCUACGGCCCGCAGUGUCAGAACGCUUUCUGCAGUCCUCCCUGUAAGAACGGCGGCCUGUGUAUAAGAAACAACGUGUGCUCCUGUCUGCAAGGAUACAUCGGGAGGCGAUGCGAGAGAAGCGUGUGUGAGCCUGUGUGUAUGAACGGCGGCAGGUGUGUUGCUCCAGAUGUUUGCGAUUGUCCGUCAGGUUGGCAAGGAAAGAGCUGCGAUAAACCCAGCUGUCUGCAGACGUGUCUGAACGGAGGCGAGUGUGUGGGAGCCAACGCCUGCCGCUGCGCCGCGGGAUGGCGCGGCACGCUGUGUCACAUCCCUCACUGUGAACAGAAGUGUCUCUACGGCAGCCGGUGCGUCCGGCCCAACGUCUGCGCCUGCCGGAGCGGAUCCUCCGCCGAUCUCUGCUCCAUGAGGCUCCCUAUCCCCCGAGGUUGAGACCCGACCAACAGCCGGAGUUCAAUCCGCGCCGAUAAUGAAACCUUCCGAUGAAACGGAGCAUCGUCAGAAGAAAAGCCCAAAAUGUCUCUCCACUGGGAAAUAAAAGUCUCUCUGAGACUAUCUCGCCUUGAACUUGACAGAGAUAAAGACGUCCACAAUGCUUCUUUCUCCAGACUCCUACAUAACGUUAUCAGAGUCUGUGGCAGCAUUUUCUCUUCUUCCAAACACCUGGGUCAUGAUCAGGACGUUACAAGCAGCUAUUCCAUGCAGUGGUCAGGCUAAUCAUUUCAAAACUGCAGUUGGGGAGAGUUUUUAACUGGAAAUGCCAUCAUGUUCAGGUUCAAACUACAAACCUCUGUAUGAGUAUUUAUUUAUUUGGUUGUUUUAUAUUGUCGCAUAUUUCUUGUUGUAUAUACUAUAUCUUAAAGGGUAACUUCAGGUUGUUGUUUUUUUCAACCUGGACCCUAUGUUCCCAUGUUGUUGUGUGUAAGUGACUGAUCUUUAGAGCAACAAUCU